AUGGCCUUGUAUAUAAACAAGUACCAGUGGUUGGUCCUUCAGGUGGUCAGAGCAGGCCAUCCUACCCGCGAAUACAGCUCACAGUGUCUCCACGCAAGGUUUUCUGGUCCUUAUAAGGUGGAGCGGAAAAUGGCGCAGAGAAGACAGCUGCGCCCUGGUGUCCUGCGUCACCCCUGUUGUGAGUGUGUCCACUCGUCUUACAGUCCUGAGGAGGACAGUUUAAGUGGACAGCGUGUCUCUGUUCCGUGUGCUCAUUUAGAGAACUCCAAAAUACUGGAGAAGCCCAUUAAACAACACGCGUAUCGUGUAAACCCGACUAAGCGGGCCUUGAUCAACACUGAGGUGAAGUACCUCCUGGAUCAUGGUUUCACUGUACCCACUUCCAGUCCAUGGAGUUCUCCAUCUCUCCUUGUACCUAAGCCUGAUCAGACCCCACGAUUCUGCAAUGACUAUCGUAAAGUUAACGCCAUCACCAAACCAGAUUCGUUUCCCCUCCCGCGUAUUGAUGACUGUGUAGACCGAGUGGGUUCAGCUAUGUACGUCACUAAGUUGGACCUCUUAAAGGGAUACAGGCAGGAGGCCUUUGAGUCUGUGAAGGCGCUUCUCUGCAGCGCUCCUGUUCUGGCUGCACCAGAUUUUUCAUGGCCCUUCAAACUGGAGGUGGAUGCCAGCGCUUUUGGUGCCGGAGCAGUGCUGCUGCAGGAGGAUGAGCAUACUGAUGAUGUCAGACUGGUGGGAGGAGCCAGUCGCUGUAACGGUAAAGUACAGAUCAAACAUAAUGGAGAAUGGAGAGAUGUGGGAUAUAGGUCUUAUUAUGACCUCUGGACCCUGAAGGCAGCAGCAGACUCUGUCAGACUGGUCCAUGGUUACAGUCUGUGUUCAGGCAGACUGGAGGUCCGGUCCAACCAGUCCUGGUCCUCAGUGUGUGAAGAGGAUUUGGACCUUAAUGAUACCCAGGUGGUCUGUAGGGAGCUGGGCUGUGGGGCUCCUGGGCUCCUCCAGGGGGCGCUCUAUGGAGAGGGGGAGGCUCCAGUCUGGACCAGUGAGCUCCAGUGUGAAGGAAAUGAGUCCGCAGUCCUGGACUGUAGAAGGUCCAGCUCAGCUGGGAAGACCUGCUCACCUGGAUCAGCUGCUGGACUCACCUGUUCAGAUCCAGGUGGGGUCAGGUUGGUGGGACAGCCGAGCCGCUGUGCUGGUACUUUGGAGAUCCAACACCAGGGACACUGGAGACCAGUAGAAGACCAGUAUAAAGACUGGGACCUGGAGUCUGGAUCUGCUGUGUGUCAACAUCUGGACUGUGGAUCAGCUGUUUCAGUCAACACAACAGAUGAUUCUACAGACAGAACUGUGUGGGGGGUCUCAGUUCGUUGUGUAAAGCUGACAACUGGACUGAGGGACUGUGUUAAACUAUUUGAUCCAGUUUAUGAAAAAUCUGCUGUGGACGUGGUGUGUUCAGAUCUGCUGCCUCAGCCCAACAUCUCCCUGUCUGACGGGGUCUUUGAGGUCUAC